CGGCGUUGCACCAGCGUGCAGAAAACAGAGAAGAGCAACAAACAACCAGGAACAAGCAGCAGGGAGGACAACGACGCGCUGACACACCGCACCACCACGAAGACACAAACAAAACAAACACAGCUGUGUGUCCUCAUUCAGGAUGGCCGUUGUCGCUGCUGCUGGUGGUGGUUGUGGUGGUGGUGGUGGUGGUUGUGUUGUGGUGAUGUGGCUGGCUGCCAGCACAUUGCUGCUAUGUGCGAGUGGCUGCUACGGUGCGCCAAGCGAUGCGCGACAGCAACAGGAGGAAUCGACCCGCUUGCCUGCGCUGGACGAUGUGGUGUCGCAGUUCACCCUGGCGAGUGUGACGCUGCUGCGUCGCCCAGGUCGUGAGGACGGUGGUGAGGACGGUGCGGUGGCGUUUGCAAUGGAAACGCCAGCUGACUUGGACUUUCCCUCCCUCCACCUCACCCUGAAACCCAACACGGAGGUGCUUCACCCCAACGCCGUCUUGGAGGUUCACCGCGCUGGAGGAAAGACCGUGGAAACACGCGCCAUCAACACGUCCACGGUUCUGCACGGCUGGCACAGCGACGGCACGUACGUGCAUGGCUACCUCCACUCGGGCUACACGGCAAACAUGUCCGACACCAAUUUUCACCGUCGCAACGAUGGGCUGGUCGAGUAUUUCUCCGGCGUGGUCCAGCUGACAAACGGGUCGCACUUCAGCCUGGAGCCCGUACACAUGUACGCGGAGGCGAACACGACGCGCACCCAGACGCACGUGCUGUACGGCCACCACCACUUGCGGCCUAGCAUGCUCGACCGACCGCGGCCCAUAUGCGAUACAGAGGCAUACGAGCGCCUGCGACGACGCAACAACUACCCCGAUACCCCCACAGGAGCCGUGCAUGACUCGGAAACCGUGUGGCGAACGCGCCGCUCUGCUGAUGGCGACGCUGGUCAGCACACCACCAUCCGCAGGCCCAAGCACCGAUAUCAGCAGGCGGCACAAUCAACAAACGCUUCGCGGCACGACGGUGCAGCUUCUAUCUCUGCCCCUGUUGGUGCAGAGGCAUGCGCUGGCAAGUGCACGUGCCCCGUGACGGUGAUUGCCGACUUCAAGUUCUUUCAAGCGCUGGGCUCUCGCCGCAACGAUGUGGUUGCCGCAAUGGUUGCCCACAUCAACGAGGCCGACACGCUGUUCCGCCGCACCGUGUUUGGCGACACAUACGGGCUUGGCUUUGCCGUUGGGCGCGUGGUUGUGUACGAGGACAGCGGUGCGCCGAGCCCCGUCAACGGUGGCGCAUACACCGCCGACGCGUUCCUGCAGGCGUUCUCUACCAAGCAGUGGAGCGGGUCGUGCCUCGCACACGUGUUCACGCACCGCGACUUUGCGGACGGCGUGCUGGGUCUGGCGUGGGUUGGCGGCGGCAGUGCCGGCAUCUGCAGCUCAAAGGGAUACAACACGGGGUUCACCACCUCGCUCAACUUUGGAGCACGCGUCUCGCAGGCAGUCACCAUGAUCACCACCACGCACGAGUUUGGGCACAACUGGGGGUCACCGCAUGACGAAACCGCCGCCUGCACGCCCGGCGAUCCGGACGGAAAUUACAUCAUGUUUCCAUCGGCCACAGAUGGUUCACUGCCAAACAACAAGCUCUUCUCUCCGUGCAGCCGCACCAGCAUUGCCACCCACCUUUCGUCGGGAGCGGGCUGCUUUGACGACUCGCGAUCGUUCUGCGGCAACGGCAUUGUCGAAGGCAACGAGCCAUGCGACUGUGGGGACGCGUGUGAUGAUGACCCGUGCUGCACGAGCAACUGCACCAUCCCGGUCGGCCUCGACUGCAGUCCACAGGACCCCGUCCGCUUCCCUUGCUGCACCAGCGAGUGCCGCGUUGUUCCUGCACAGCAGCAGCAACAGUGCAGUCCUGAGGACGACUGCAAGGCCGCAGCCGUUUGUGAUGGCGUCUCUGCUUCAUGCCCGCUUCCAGACAACAAACCCAAUGGGACGCUGUGUGCGUGUGCAAAUGACGACUGCGACGCGUUCCCGACCACAGCAGCCAAGGUGUGCACUGCUGGGCGGUGUGCCGCCUCCAUCUGCUCGCUCACGGGCGCCGACGAAUGUCGACUUGGCGGUCGCGACGACUGCUGGGUUGCCUGUCGCGGUGCCGGCUGGGGUGACGGCAGCGAGUGUGUCUCCACCAACGCCAAGCACACCACAAAGCCAGAAAACUUUUCCAACCCCCGCUCGCUUCCUCCAAACUCGCCCUGCGAUGACUACAACGGGUACUGUGACGCGGGCGGCAACUGCAUCACGCUGAACAACAACGGCAUUCUCGACGAGCUUGACCGCUUCCUCAAGGGCCUCUCCUGGUCCCGCGCAUGGGGCUGGAUCAAGGGCAACUGGCAGUGGCUGCUGCUCGGAAUUGGUGCACUGAUUGCCCUCAUCGCCCUGCUUGUGGUCACGAAACCGCGCAUGAAAGUGCGACGGAAGCGCCGACGGCGGCGACGAAGUUACGAUUUCGAUUACGACGACGAUUACGACGAGUUGUACGGCAGCGAUGGCUGGUCCGGCGCUGAUGACGAUGAUGAUAAUGAUGACGAUGAGCGACUGGCACUCGUGCCGUCAUCGCGAAGCAGAGGGAUUCGAUCGCACGGCGCCAUUGCACGAAAUAGCGACGACAACAGCGACCUGCUCGCUGCUGAUCCGUGGUUCCACCCGCACAUGUCAGAAACGCAGGCAACACGCGUACUCAAGCGUGCCAACGUACCUGGCGCCUUUGCUGUGCGCAUGGAUGCCAUGAAGCGCCAUGUCCUCAGCGUGUGGAGCCCACCGGUCCGUCACGUUGUCAUCAACGUUGAUGCGUCGACAGGACAAUUAUUCCUGCCGUCCUCCACGCACCGCUUCCCAUCACUGUCCGAGCUGGUCGCUUUCUACCGCCAGGGCGAUCCAGAGGACAUUCUGGGAACGCCCCUCACUUAUGCAAUCAAGUACGGCAAACCGCCGAAAUCCGCCAGACGCCUCAUGAAACCGUGAUCUCUGUGUGCAUGUGUCUGUGUAUCUGUGUCUGUCUGUCGGUCGGUCGGUCGGUCGGUCGUUCGGUCUGUCUGUCUGUCUGUCUGUCUGUCUGUCUGUUUAUCUGAACAUUUGCUUGCACAUUUGAUGUAUGGAUGUGUAUGCCCUUCAUUGUUCAGCCCCUGCUCUAGUCGACCAGUAUGUAUUAGAAUCUAUCUUCUUACACGAAUUGAAAGGGCGCGCUUGCGA